UUUGAUCGUCUAAUGCUUGACGUUCAAAUGCCCUCUGAAUAUGGGGCAGUCUACCCAUCGGAAGGUGACACCGGUGCCGAUGCUCCGGCCGGUUACGUGACCAUGUGGUCAGACUUUUUUGGUGACUGCAAUCUCCGGUUACCUUUGACCGUUUUUGUUGUCGAGGUUUUGGAGUGGUACAAGGUCCACAUUUCUCAAAUGAGUCCGUUUGGUAUGAUUCGGAUUCGAAAUUUCGAGUUCACCUUUCGUCCUCUUGGCAUAGAGCCCACCGUUGGAGAUUUUCGACGGUUUUAUCAAAUGACGGUGUCCUUGGGGUUCUUUUCUUUCCGUCAGCGAGAUGGUAGUCCCAAGCUGAUGACUCCUCCCAAGGGGAUGACGAUGUGGAAGAAGAAGUUCUUUUACAUCAAGGCUGCUGCCAUUGUUGCAAAGAUGACGUUUCGGAAUGUGACCGAGACGAUCAUAGCAGAGACCAUUGCGGUCCCAAGUGUGAAGACGGUGGAGUGGUUUCCGCAGUUGCAGACCAUUGAGUCUGUGAAGUUGACCAACACCCAGUUGUGGGUGUUGCGCAUGAUGUUGACAAGGAGGAACAAGAAGUCGAAGCCCGUGGUGCGGGAGAAAAGUGGUGGUACGUACUUUUCAUUUGUUUAACUUCUUUAUCCUCGUAUGCGUUACUGACUUGUGCGUUUGUUAUCAGAGGACGCUCCCGUAUGGAGGAUGUUUGCCCCGGAUUUCCAGGGUCAGGUGGAAAAAGUUGUUUGUGCGGAUGGCGAGGAGGAGUUUAAUGUUAUCAUUCGAGAUAACUUCCGGGUGCCUACUGAAGCCGCAUUGGCAGUUGAGUUGCCGCGGGGCAAAGGUGAUCUUGGGGCCUUAGGGGACCCUGAUGCGAAGGGUGUGCCUAAGAGGCAGACGGUGAAAGGCGUGCGUUUUCGCCAAAAGAAAAUAUCGGAGGUCCCUGUUGUGCCUCAUUUGGUACCGCAGGCGGCAGGUAUCUCUCACUCUUCUUUUCGUAGAUACUUGGAUUAUGUGAUAGUAUCUGAUACCCUUGAGGGUUUGGGUACAGCUGCGGGCCCGCAGUCUGGUGCGGGGAAAAGGCAAGUAGAAGAGACGGCUGCUGGUGCCGGUGGACCGAAACGUCGGAGGCUGCAGUCUAAGAGGACUGUUCCGACAUCGAAGAAACCUGCGGUUACUGUUGGUAAGUGUUGCAUAGCUUGUCUAAAAUGUUAUGUAUAACUUGUUUUGACAGCUAUUUGACUUUGUUUUUGCAGAGCCUUAAAAUGAAGAUUUUUCUAUCUUUGAUGCUCCGGAGUCACCCCCGCGUGCCACGGGUGCGGGUGUAACGGAGGUGCCGUCGACACCUCCUGUCAAGGUGGUGCCUGAGUCAACCGUGCGGAAGGAGGGUACCGCAGAGAAUGUUGCGACCCAGAUAUUUGAUACCGUUGACUCGUCCAACAAUCUGAUCUCUCCCAAUGAGGGAGAUAAUUUGAGUGUGCGGUUUGCUGAUACUGGGAAGCAACAGUCUGAUGCCGAACCGCAAAAAACUGGUGCUGAAGCGCGGCAGCAUGAUGCUGAGCCGCAGAAGUCUCCUGCUGGUGAGAAGGGUACCGGUUCUUCUGCCGGUGGUGUGGGUUAUGAUGGGCCUCCAAUUCAGCCUGGUGAGUCUGAAUUGGAGUAUUACUACCGCACUUAUACCCAGGGUCGAAGCACUGUGUAUCACCGACCCCCCUGGACUGUUAUGCAGGGGGAUGAUAUUUCUAACGACCCUUCGGCAUGUAAGGAGAUUCUGGGUGGUCUGGGCACCCCGUUCGAAGUUGAACGUGCCCGUGCUGCACCUCGUGAGCUGCGUAUAAACC